GGGUGGCUAAGAAAGUGCAUACAAAGUAGACGGUCGCUAUGUUGCAGACAGUGAGAGCCAGGAGGCUGACAGAGAGGCACUGCUGACGGACACGAAGCACAGGACAGAGACAUGGAUUACUGGAUUGGAUUAUAUUUUCUCAACUUUCUGAAUGUCGUCUUUAGCGCUCCUGAUGCAUCCUACACUGUACACUUGGAUUACUAUUCAUUUGAAGACGCUCAAACAUUCUGUAAGUCUACUGGUAAAUGGUAUUCUGACCGACAUGGCAAAACCACUGGAAACUAAAAAGAUUCUGAAAGCCAUUGAGGACAAGAGAAACAAAACCUUAACUUCUUUCUGGAUUGGCCUGAAGAAAGAUAGGUCAAAGUGUGUUCAAGCAAAUCUUCCACUCAAGGGUUUCUCCUGGAUUGUGGAUAAUAGCACUGAAUUUGAGGCUGCUAAGUGGAAAUCAGAACCUGGAGGUACUUGCACAAGUGUUCUUUGUGGCCUGCUCUCAGUGAACUACAGUGGCUCUACAAUAGGAAGCUGGCAGUUAGAUUCUGGCAGAUGCAAGCAGACAUAUCCUUUUAUUUGCAAAUAUGAAGGACAGAUUGAGGAAAAGCCUUGCCCUGACCCGUCAAUAAACAAGCCUUUUGACUUCAUGCAAAAAAUGAAUGACCCAUACACUCUUUAUCUUAUUUGUAAAGACACGAAAACUUACACACUGACCUGUUCAGCGAUCACCCGUGAAUGGACACUGGUGAACAGCCCCAAGACAGACAUAUCACGACUCUGUCUGGAAUGUGAAAAGGGCUACAAAAAGAAUGCACAAGGAAACUGUGUGGAUGAAGAUGAAUGUGAACAAUUCCAACCGUGCAAACAUUGCAUUAAUACAGUGGGCUCAUACGUUUGUAAAUGUCCAGAUGGUGCAGAGGAUACUGAUGAAAACUGCAAGAAGGCAAAAGACUCGCACGCUUUUAAGACUAGCCCUGAUGACAUCGAUUUCCAGGAAAAAACAUCAUCCUCUUCUGUGGAGAAGAUGCCUCAACCAGACAGUACAACUGAGAGCAGUGUUCACAUUGAGGGCAGCACUGGAGACCCAUCAAACAUAAUCUUUCCUGUCAUUAUAGCUUUGCUGAUCUUCGUGGUGCUAGUUGUGAUCAUUGCGGGCAUCGUCAAAUGCUGCCUCAUAAGACGCUCUAAGAAACAGGCCAAGAAAAGGGCGGAGGCCUCUAAAGAGUCAAUGGCUCUGAAUGGAUUGGACUCCAUGGAGAAGGUGGACGAAAAAGAGGUGUUCUAAGUGGAGGGGAGCCAGGGCAUUCUGCAGGUGUUAUGCUGCUUCUGCUGCAUUAUGUUUGCCUCCCUAUUUUUCCCCACCCAUUUUCUUUUUGUUUAUUUUGACUGCAAUAUUUCAGAUACUAAAUCAGCUUGAUGUCAUAGAAGUGUUCAUGCUUAAAAUUAAAAAUAAAACUUUUUUUUCUGUUGUUACAACACCAUAAAAUUCCUGCUUUUGGCUCCCUAAUGACCUUUUGAAUGGACGGUUCUUUAAAGGAGCACUCCAGCAUUUUUCACUGGAGUACGCACACAGUCGAUAACCACAGACAAUCAUUUUGAUGCUUUUCACUGUACUUAGAGCAGAGCAGAAAACCCAUUCAUUGAAAACCCACUGGCCUCUAUUAUAAAUAUGGAUUCAUGCUUUUAUGGAUUUCCUAUUAUUUUCUUUGUACAGGAGAAAAGCAUCAAACUGAUCAUCUGUGGUAAUCGAAUGUGUGCUACAGAUGCGAUAGAGUAUUCCUUUCUACAGAACCAUCCAUUGAAAGCUUCUUAAGCAAACCAAAGGUGGUUCGUCUAUGGCAGCGCUCCAUAAAAUCCUUUUUAAUGUUUGAUGAGUGUACUGUAUGUCAACGCUAUCUUCAUGAGAAAGACAAAUUUGAAAACAGGGAGGCUGCUGACAAUGAAAAAGUACAUACAAUGCAGAUUAAACUGUGUAGUGUUUGAAUGUACCCGUAAAAUAAAU